GAGAGAUCGAACCUCAAACAGCCAACAGUCCUCUAAACCUUUCCUCAGCCUAAUAUCGAGCGUGGAAUUUCGUUAAAUAACUGUUGAUAUUUUACUGCUGCCAAUAUGGAUGUUUUACUGGGCAUCACGGGCAAGGACUUCGUCAUUGUGGCUGCGUCAAAGGCUGCGAUGAGAGGGCCAACUGUCCUCAAAGCUGACGAUGAUAAGACACGGCAGUUGAACAAGAGCACAAUCAUGGCUUUCACAGGCGAGGCGGGCGAUACAGUGCAAUUUGCCGAGUAUAUCCAAGCGAACAUCCAACUAUACACGAUGCGGAACGAUACGGAGCUGGGCCCUGCCGCUGUUGCGAACUUCGUCCGGGGAGAGCUGGCGCGGAGCCUGAGAUCACGGAAUCCCUACACAGUUAACCUGCUCCUGGGCGGGAUGGACCCCAUUUCUAACAAACCGUCGCUUUACUGGGUGGACUACUUGGCGUCCCUAGCCCAAGUGCCGUAUGCCGCCCACGGCUAUGCCCAGUACUACUGUCUCUCCACUCUCGACAAGCACCACCACCCGGAUAUUAGUUUGGAGCAAGGUCUCAAGAUUCUAGAGAUGUGCACAGACGAGCUGAAGCGGAGACUACCGAUCGACUUCAAAGGGGUUCUGGUCAAGGUUGUUACGAAGGACGGCGUCGAGAUACUCGAUUACGAUAAUGACAAGAUCGUCAAGUCUGCUUAAUGGG